UACAUCGCAAUACAUAGCACAAGUUAAUAGAGUCCUACAGUAUUUCUGAAGUGAGUAGGUACAGCGUCCACAAUGAAUAAACUGAAUCUUGCCAUAAAUAUAAUAUCACUUCUUUGCCUUGUGAAUGCAGAAGAUGCUAGAAUAUUUCCACAGACACUAUCAUUUGGCAUAGGCUCAUCUGCUUAUCAAAUUGAAGGAGCCUGGAAUGAAGAUGGAAAAUCUGAGAAUAUAUGGGAUCGUUGGAUUCACAGCCAUCCGUCACAUAUAAAAAAUAAUGAUACUGCCGAUGUCGCUGCUGGUUCAUACAACAGUAUCUUAAAUGACGUAUUUUAUGUAGCGCUAUCAGGAGUUCAGCACUACCGGUUGUCUAUACCAUGGACAAGGAUACUGCCAACUGGAUUCUCUGACAACAUAAACACUAAAGCCGUUACGCAUUAUCAAAACAUGUUACAAAACUUACGAAGUUUCAAUGUAACACCAAUAGUGACCCUGUAUUAUCAUGAUUUGCCCCAAUCCCUGCAAGAUAUUGGAGGAUGGACAAAUCCAGCGAUGGUCAAAUAUUUUGCGGACUACGCUCGAGUCUGUUUCCAAUACUUCCCGAACGUUUAUUACUGGAUAACCUUUAACGACCCAAAGGCAACUUGUAGAAGAGGAUACGGAGAAGGGACGUUUGCACCAGGUAUAAACUCGGAUGGAAUCGGGGAAUAUUUGUGCGCUUAUACAGUUCUGAAGGCACAUGCUGCAGCUUACCAUGUAUAUAAGGAGGAAUUCAAGGUCUUGAACGGUAAGAUAUCUAUGGCAAUUGAUAUGCAGUGGUCCGAACCAGCUUCAACUAAUGACACAUCUGCUGUGGAAAGAAGAAAUGCCUUUGAGUUUGGUUUAUAUGCCAAUCCAAUAUACAAAGGAAAUUGGCCCCAAGAAGUUAUAGAUAGGAUUGAUUACAGAAGCGAAAAAGAAAAUUUCACAAAAUCUCGCCUUCCCAAAUUCACCGAUGAGGAAAUUGAUUAUAUUAAUGGUACCUCUGACUUUAUGGCAGUAAACUUGUUUUACACCAAUGUUGUAGAAGAUACUAAAGAAGCUAAAUUCGGUGAUCCCAGCUACGCGAAAGAUAUGAAGGUGAAAGUGUCUUUGAAUUCAAAUUGGAGUUUAGCGGUUAAUGGACAACCGAUUGUUCCCUGGAGUGCUAGAAAGACUUUAACUUGGUUAAGUUCAUCUUUCAAUAAUCCUGACAUAUUCAUUACCGGAAAUGGUAUACCAGAUGAAAAUCCUUCCUACGACGAUACGAGAGUUAGUUAUUUUAGAGACUAUCUCAACGCGAUACUCGAUGCAAUUAUAAAUGAUGGAGUAAAAGUUAUUGGAUAUACAGCAUAUAGUUUAUUUGACAGUUUUGAAUGGACCGACGGAUACAGUUACAAGUUCGGUUUUUAUUACGAUUACCAACUUGCCCCGGUCAAAGUGAAUAAACAUUCUCUUAAUUUCUACAAACAAGUGAUUAAAACUUUCACCAUACCCGCAGAAAACAUAACCACAAGCACCACAAAUCCACCUACAACGCCUGAUUCUGCUCCAAAUAUUGUCUUAUACCCCGCUCUGGUAUUAGCGACAUUAUUUUUAUUUAAAUUAUUGUAAAUAAUUUUUCGUGAAGAAGCUUCACCAAGAUAUUAUUUUAACCGGUAACAGAAACUCGGGUAAUUGCAUUCUUAACUGAUCUUCACAAACGAUAACUUCCUGAUGGUGGAAAAUAAUACAUAUUAAUUUUACAAUCUCUGUUAAAUUCGUCAAUAGUUAUUUAAGGAUAGAAAAUAUUUUAA